CACCGCACAUGAUAUGAUAUGGUGCAGUUAGCAUUGUCCGUCGAAAGUAAUUUUAGAAGGAUAUAUUUCCAUUCUUUCCGAGACAUAUUUAUUUGAACAGUUUUCAUUUUUAGAACGGUGGGAUGAUGUGGGGUCUUGGGUAAUGAGGAGAGAGAGAGAGAGAGAGAGAGUAAAAAGACAGCUAGCAAUGAAGCAAGAUUGCUCACCUAACUUUAACCCCCACAUUACCACCACUCUCUCUCCUUCCCUCCCUUCCUUUUUAGCCUCUGUUUCUCUCCUUUCAAUCCCCUCUCUCUCUCUCUUCUCUCUCUCGUUCUUGGUUGGGCUCCCUCUCCUUCCCUGCUACGAGGUACUUCUACACUGACUACUACAGAGCUAAUGGAGAAAACAGGGUUCUCAGCAAUGCCCUGUUUCUUUUAGCUUACGUUUCGUUCUGGGUUUUGCUUGAAUUGUGGAAAAACAAAAAGGUUGGGAUUUUGGAAGUGGGUGGGUUUCAUUGGGAUUCGCGAUGGCGAUCUUCGAGAAUUCCUAGACUUUCCUGUAUGGAAACGUGAUUGCUUCUUUCCUUAACCAUUCAUUCCACAGUUCGGGCUUUAUCUAUGGGGGCCAAUUCAGUGUCGGCAGAGACUAAGGCUCUCAAUUCUUGGUUGCCAUCGCUCAAAACGAAAAUAAGAUCGAGGCUCUGUUUCGGAAGCUCAAAAUGGACUUGAAUUCCAUCAACCCCAUUUGCUCUUUUUCUCUCACAUGUUGAAUUGAGGUGUUCUUUUUCAGCUUUGACUGUCCAAACUAUAAUCGGAGUCGUCUUGGUUCUUUUGCAGGAGAGCCUCAAGUGGACAUCCCAAGCUUCUGAAGAUUCUUCGGCCUUCUCUAAGUAGGAAACUUACCUAAAGGAAAAUCCCCCGAAUCGACAAUGACCGGACCCAACUUCAUCGACGAGAUAGACUGCGGCAGCUUCUUCGACCACAUCGACGACCUCCUCGACUUCCCCAACGAGGACAUCGAGGCCGGGCUGCCCGUCGGGAAGCCCGACUCGCUCCCGAGCAUCUGGUCUGCCCAGCCUGAGUCGCUCCCUGGCUCCGACUCGGUCUUCUCCGCCAACAGCAGCUCGAGCCUCUCCGCCGAGCUCUCCGUCCCGUACGAGGAUAUUGUCCAACUGGAAUGGCUCUCGACCUUUGUGGAGGAUUCCUUCUCGGGCGGGAGCCUCACGAUGAGCAAAGACCAGAUCUCCAACAGCAACAGCAGAAGCAGCAGCAACAAGGACUCGUCCCAGCAAUUCCAGACCUCGAGCCCCGUCUCUGUCCUCGAGAGCAGCAGCUCCUGCUCGGCCGAGAACAAGCCCGAGCCGCCGCCGCGCAGCCCCGAGGCCGCCAACCCUGCCCGGUGCGGCAGGGCUCGCAGCAAGCGGCCCCGCCCAGCAACGUUCAAUCCCCGCCCGGCUAUCCAGCUCGCUCCCCAGCAGUCCUCCGACAUUGCGGAGAACGAGCCCAGCGAUGGGAACUGCGAAGAGUCUGUUUAUCCGCUGGUCGUCAAGGUCCCGAAGAAGCAAGCCGACGGUGCCGAGCCCAAGAAGAAAAAGAAGAUCAAGUUCACCAUGCCUACGGCGCCACCUGCCGAGGCUGAUCAAGGCCUGCCCUCGAUGCAGCAGGCUGUUCGCAAGUGCCUGCACUGCGAGAUAACCAAGACCCCACAGUGGAGGGCUGGCCCGCUGGGGCCGAAGACGCUCUGCAAUGCGUGCGGCGUCCGGUACAAGUCGGGCAGGUUGUUCCCUGAGUACCGGCCCGCUGCGAGCCCAACUUUCAUCCCGUCGCUGCACUCCAACUCUCACAAGAAGGUGCUCGAGAUGCGGAACAAGCCCACCGACGAGGCCGACGCCACUGGGACCGCCUCGGCAGUGACCAACUCACUGGAGUUGAUCCCAAACAUGUCGCAUCGGUUGGAUUACAUGUGAGGAUAGGGGGCGGAGGAGGAUUUGGAAAGGCUUUGCUUCUCGACGAGAACUCAGAACAUCAUCCAUUUCCGAUGUCGAGCCGUGCUUACUUGGUCAACCGUUGAUCGGAAUUCUUUGCUUC